AAGAAAUAGCGUGAUAAAGAACAACACGAUAAACCCGAAAAGUGACAAAAAUGUUAAAUAAUUAUUAGGCAGUCUAUACAUAAUUCCCUUGUAAUCAAACUUCAGUUAUUUUUUUUCUCUUCCAUAUAUGGACUCUAUGUAAUUAACAGUCUAUACAUGAGAGAGAAACAUUCAUUAAUUAUAAUGUGGAUUCAUAUGUGGAUUCCAUUUUCUCAUUCCUAUUUUAUUAUUAUUAAUUUAUUUUUACAUAUUCCCCACUAUAUUUUUCUUGAGCGAGAGAGACAUAUCAAUUGCACAACCUCCAAUUAUUCCCAACAGAAAUGAAUUUAAUUUCUCUCUCACUAUAUUCAUAUAUAGCCCAUAUAUAUAUUUAUAUAUUUACCAUAUCACCUUUUCUGUCACCCUCUGCAUUAUAUAUACCCCUGAACUCUUCCACAUUCCCGUACUUAACAUCCCUCCAUCUCUCUUUCCCAAAACCUUCAUAUAUUUAUUGAAUAGCCUCUGAAGAAGGCUAGCUUGUUCUUUUUUUCCAUCUUUACAAAGUUAUUUCGGUGAUAUAAAAUAUCUCAGGAGUUAUGGGUUCUGAUGAGGACAUUAAAACAAGCAGCAAGCAAGGAACGAAGAAGUUUCAGAAAAGCUACUUUGACGUUUUGGGAUUAUGUUGUUCCUCAGAGGUACCUUUGGUCGAGAAUAUCUUGAAGCCUCUAGAAGGUGUGAAAGAGGUAACCGUAGUAAUUGCCACAAGAACAGUCAUUGUCGUCCAUGACAGCCUCCUCAUUUCCCAGGCUCAAAUUGCCAAAGCACUAAACGAUGCACGAUUAGAAGCAAGCAUUAAAUUGUAUGGAGAGAAAACUAUGAAGAAUAAAUGGCCAAGCCCUUACGCAGUGGCUUGUGGUGUGUUGCUUAUGCUGUCGUUUCUCAAGUACGUGUAUCGUCCACUUGAAUGGUUAGCUCUCGGGGCUGUCGCCAUUGGAAUUCUCCCUAUUUGUCUCAAAGCUGUUAUUUCCAUUCGGAAUCUUAGGCUCGAUAUCAAUAUUCUUGCUAUUCUUGCAGUGAUUGGGACAGUUGCUAUGAGAGAUUAUAUAGAAGCUGCAACCAUUGUUUUUCUCUUUACUGUUGCUGAGUGGCUUGAGUCAAGGGCAAGCCACAAGGCAAAUGCAGCGAUGUCAUCGUUGAUGAGCAUGGUACCACAAAAAGCAGUGAUAGCUGAAACAGGAGAAGUUGUGGAAGCUGACGAGGUGAAGCUGAAUACCAUUUUGGCAGUCAAAGCUGGAGAAGUUAUCCCCAUUGAUGGAAUCGUUGUAGAAGGUAACUGCGAAGUUGAUGAGAAAACACUCACUGGGGAAUCAUUCCCUGUUUCCAAACAAAAGGAUUCCACUCUUUGGGCAGGCACCAUUAAUCUUAACGGCUACGUUACAGUAAAGACCACAGCCUUAGCUGAAGACUGUGCUGUUGCAAAAAUGGCAAAACUUGUUGAAGAGGCUCAAAACAGCAAGUCAAAAACUCAGAGAUUUAUAGACAAAUGUGCCAAGUUUUACACACCAGCUGUUCUACUCUUAUCAAUUUCUGUAGCUGUGAUUCCGGCUGCAUUAAGGCUCCAUAAUCUCAAAAAUUGGUUUCGCUUAGCUCUGGUCAUUUUGGUAAGCGCAUGUCCUUGUGGUCUUAUCCUCUCUACACCUGUGGCUACUUUCUGUGCUCUCACAAAGGCAGCAACUUCGGGUCUUUUGAUCAAAGGAGGAGAUUACCUUGAGAUCUUGGCUGGGAUUAAGAUCAUGGCUUUUGACAAAACCGGGACAAUCACGAGAGGUGAAUUUGUGGUCACAGAUUUUCGGUCUCUUUGUGAAGAUAUAAGCUUGGAGACUUUGCUUUACUGGGUGUCAAGCAUUGAGAGCAAGUCAAGUCAUCCAAUGGCAGCUGCACUAAUUGACCAUGGCAAAUCACUGUCAGUUGAGCCAAAGCCAGAAAAUGUAGAGGAAUUUGAAAACUUUCCUGGUGAAGGAAUCCAUGGCAGAAUCGACGGGCAAGAUGUGUACAUUGGAAACAAGAGAAUUUCUGCUAGAGCUUCUUGUGAAACCGUUCCUACCCUAGAAGGCUAUGCCAAGGAUGGAAAAUCUGUUGGAUACAUAUAUUGUGAAGGAAAGCCAGCUGGAAUCUUUACUUUAUCCGAUGCUUGUCGAUCUGGAGCUUCAGAAGCAAUAGCAGAGCUCAAGUUAAUGGGCAUAAAAACAGCUAUGCUAACUGGUGAUAGUAAUGCUGCAGCGAUGCAUACACAUGAAAAGUUAGGACAUGCUCUCGAGGUCAUCCACGCAGAACUUUUACCUGAAGAUAAGGCUAAGCUCAUCAAUGAGUUCAAAAAACAAGGACCAACUGCCAUGAUUGGAGAUGGUCUGAAUGAUGCCCCAGCUUUAGCCACUGCUAACAUAGGUAUCUCAAUGGGAAUUUCAGGCUCUGCACUUGCAAAAGAAACCGGGCACGUGAUUCUCUUGUCAAAUGACAUGAGAAAGAUACCAAAAGCUAUCAAGCUAUCAAGACAGGCGACAAGGAAAGUGAUGCAAAACAUAUUUUUGUCGAUCAUUACUAAGGCAGCCAUUGUUGCAUUGGCCAUAGCUGGCCAUCCUCUUGUUUGGGCUGCAGUUCUUGCUGAUGUUGGGACAUGCAUACUGGUCAUUUUUAACAGCAUGUUACUUCUACGAGAUCCCCAUUCACACAAAGGGAAGUGCUGUAAACCUUCUUCAACAACUCAUGUCCACAAACAUGGUUGCAAGGAUGAUCACAGCAAAUUAAUACCCGAGAAGGACCAGAAAUGUUGCUCCAACGAUAAAACCUUAAAGGUUUGCAAAUCUCAGAAGUGUUCAUCACAGAUCAAUGUCUCGAAAUGCCAGGCUAGAAUAAUCAGUUCAGGCUCUUGUUGUGAAAAGAAGAGCGGGAACUCGGCUCACAAGCACCAUGCUGUGCAACACCAUCACCAUGGAGGCUGCAAAACGGCCAGUCAUGAUUUGGAGUCACAGCAUGCACAUGGCCACAGUUGUUUAGGCUCUCAAUCUGUUGUGAAGUCAUGUUUGGAAGAAACUAAUCAUUAUCAUAACUCAAAUGAAACGCAUGAUUGUUCCGCAAAAGAUGCUCACCAUCACCAUCAUCAUCAUGGUCAUCAUCACUCAAAGAAUUGUGACCAUUCUGUUUUGGCAGAGAGUGAAAAACUCUCAAUUACUGACCAAAGCAACUCAAGCAACCAUGGUAAGAGCCACAUCAGCAACGUAUCAUUUGAAACGGCAGAUAUUGAGCCAAUUUGUGGUCAGCAGCAUCAUCUUGAGGUUCAUUCUUGUUCUAAGAAACAUGAUAAAGACCACAACAACAUUGACGUAAUAAUACAUGGUGGAAGCCAUGCUGAGUCAAAGACAGUUCAUCAGGCUUGUUUGAUGACAAUGGAGAAGAGCGAAUCUAAAGGAUGUUGUGGAAGUCAUAAGGAGGAGAUCCCAAACUCUGCAACCACCAAAGCUUGCCUGAGCUUGGAGAAAAGAGAAUUUGGAGGCUACUGCAAGAGUUACAUGAAGGAAUGCUGUAAUAAUAAACAUGGACAUUUUAGUGCUCCCAUUGGAGUAGGCCUAUCAGAAGUGAUUAUUGAUUAGGUAAAAGAUAACAUUUGGAAAAAGAAUAGAAUAAUAAUGUCUCCCUAGAAAUUUUAAAAGAGAUGGCAACGGCAUCAGAUUGAAAGCAGAGUAUUGAAAGGAUUGGGAAAGUGUAAAAUAUAUUUUUAUGUAUAUGUAACUUCUCAGUACAUGUUUCUUUUCACUUUUUUAACAAAUCCGUACAUGGUUUUUAUCGCUAA